AUGGGUGAUGUUUUUGUUGAGGUGUUGGGGUUCUACUCUGAGGGCGUUGAAGGCACCAGUGUCGAUAAGGAUUUGGCCUAUGUCAAAAUUCGCAACAUUGGCUCAGAUGAUCAUAGGAUCGGAAUAGGGAAAGAUAAUGCCAUUCUCCUCUUCUUCAAAAGAGGUGAUGGGUUCCCAGCCGAUUCGUUGAAUUUUUUCAUUGCGUCCUCUAGCUAUGCUGAGAAUUUAAGGAUGCCAAACGGCAAGCAUGUAUUUUUUAAUAGUGCGGUUGUUGGUGUUGGCUAUGGGCGCUCCUCCACUGAUCAUGUUGAUAUGCUGAUUUGCUGGUUGCUCCAGGGUCGAUUUUGUACUGAGGUACUGAUCUAG